GGCGGCGCCGGCGCCGGGAUACGCGUGGGCGGCGCGCGACGAGAAGAGCGAGAGCGAGAGCGAGACGAGGACGAGGACGAGGACGAUCGCGGCGCGCGACUACCGCGCGCUGGACGCGCGCGCGUGGGCGCGGCAUCCCUACGCGCGGCAUCCGAAGCCCGACCUCUGGCGAGCUCAAGGGCGGACACCGAGGCAGACUACUGUGGACCUCACGUGCGAGAGCGACGGCGACGACGUCGAGAUCGUGCGCGUCGCGCGCGGCGAAGACUUCGACUCGGACGAGGACGAGACGGACUCGGACGCGGACGUGUACGAGGGGGAGUACGUGCUGGGCGACGAAGAAGAAGAGGACGAGUCGGCGGUGGUUGAGAUUCUCGACUCGCAAGACGACGGCGGCGGCGGCGGCGGCGGCGGCAACCGCGACCGCAGGGUACCGCGGGGAGGGCGGGCCGCCGUGAGGGGACACCUGGCCGGUCUCUUGGCCGCCUCGAGGCGAGCCGUGGCGGCGGCGGCGGCGGCGAGCGGACGACGAAACGCCAACCGUCGCGGCGGCGGCGGGGACGGCGCGGGCGCGGAGAUCGAGAUCGUGGGAGGCGUCUCCGUCGCCGAGGCGGCGCUGCGAGCGGCGAACGAGACAGUGGAGAAUCCCGCGCUCGCGGACGCGAUCAAGUGCGCGAUAUGCAUGGACUCGAUCGCGAAGAACGAGAUGGCGAGCACGACGUGCGGGCACGUGUUUUGCGUCGGGUGCAUCGAGCGCGCGUUUCAAGGAAGGAGGGAGGGGAAGUGCCCGACGUGUCGCAAGACGCGUCAAAGGUUUCACAGGAUUUUCGUGUGAGCGCGCGUGGAUCGCGCGCGCGUACGAUUCGAUCGUACGCACACUACUUCCGGAAGUACGCACCGUGUGUACUACCGUAGCGUCGAGAGUAGCUCGACGACAAGCAUCGAUGAACGAAGUUCUACCUACUGCGC